AUGCCGAUCACUAAGAAGCGCAAGGUCGCGCCGGCUCCUGUCGACGAGGCUGAAACCAACAUUCCAUCAAGCCCGGAACCAAGCCCCGAGGCACCUUCGGAUCAAGAAGAGGCUGCUGAAGAUAACGAUGCGGAGGUCGGCGAAAAUGAGGCUAGCCCCCCAAAGAGCUUCAAAGAGCUCGGUCUCAUUGAACCGGUAUUCCUGAUGGAGAAGCCCCAGCCGUUCUUUGGCCUCAUCCUUGCCCCGACUCGUGAACUCGCAUACCAAAUCUCGCUCGCAUGCGAGUCUCUCGGAUCUACCAUUAACGUUCGAUCUGUCACCCUCGUCGGUGGUAUGGAUAUGGUCCCACAGUCCAUUGCGCUUGGAAAGAAGCCUCACAUCAUUGUCGCGACACCUGGACGUCUUCUUGAUCACCUCGAGAACACGAAGGGUUUCAGUCUGCGCAAUUUGAAGUAUCUCGUCAUGGACGAAGCCGAUAGACUUCUGGACAUGGAUUUCGGUCCCAUCCUUGAUAAGAUUCUCAAAGUGCUUCCCCGCGAGCGCCGCACCUUCCUUUUCUCCGCAACACUGUCUUCCAAGGUCGAAUCCCUCCAGCGCGCAUCCCUUUCAAACCCCGCUCGUGUUUCGAUCUCGUCUAGCAAGUACCAAACGGUCUCUACAUUGAACCAGACAUUCUUGCUUCGGCCUUUCAAGCACAAGGAUAUUUACCUCGUUUACUUGCUGCACAAGUACAUGGGCCAGUCUGCAAUUAUUUUCAUGCGCACAGUACACGAAACCCAGCGUAUCGCCUUUUUGCUGCGAGGACUUGUUUGGCAGCGCAUCGAAACCGCCCUCGGCAAACAACUCCAGGAGCACGACGCUCCCAAGGAGGACGCCAUGGUGUUCGAAGCGAGUGUUCACGAGUCUCAGCGCGACGCCAUCCAGGCCAUGAAAGUUUACGACGAGAAGAAGGGAGCAAAGGGCAAGGGCAAGUUCAGCUUCAAGGGCAAGCGUGGUCGUGAUGCUAUGGAUCAGGAAGAAGGUUAA